AAUAAUUUUCGAACCAAUAUUCUGUCAAUGAGCCCUUACACACGAACGACACGAUAUCGCUAAGCGAAAGUGCCACUUACAGUUUUUCACCUCUGUAUGUGGACUGAGUCGUCGACCUUUAUUUUGAAAAUCUGCGCCGGACGUCCUCUGUUGUUGUAGCAGGAGUUAACUUCCCAGUCUGAUGUAGAUGCAGCUGUUUGCUACUAAGGUCAGACUCAGCAAAAAUGAGUUUUCUAAUGAGGUUUUGUACUUGUGUUGUAAAUGUGUUAUGCUUGCCGCUUCACCUGAUCUAUGCGGUUGGCCUGUAUGCAUUAUACAAACGUUUCUUUCCAUGUUGGAUGUAUCGGAUUGCUAAAAACAUGAACCAGAGAAUAUACAGCAAGAAGAAGGAGCUGUUUCUCAACCUCCCCGAGUUCAAAAAUCCUGACGGACAGUUAACAAUUUUGGAGAUUGGCUGCGGCACCGGCGCAAAUUUUGAGUUUUAUCCGCCCGGUUCUAAGGUGAUCUGCACUGACCCGAAUCCUCAUUUUGAGAAAUAUCUGGAGAAAAACAUGGGAGAGAACGACCACCUCAAAUAUGACAGAUUUAUCGUGACAUGUGGGGAAGACAUGGGGUCAGUUGAGGACGAAUCGGUAGACGCUGUUGUCAUCACCCACGUGCUGUGCUCUGUCAGGAACAUCAAGCAAACUCUGCGAGAGGUACACCGCAUUUUGCGUCCAGGUGGAGCCUACUUUUUCUUAGAGCACGUUGUUGCUGAUGCCUCAACUUGGACGUACUUCUUCCAGCAUGUACUCCUGCCUGCAUGGUGCUACCUUAGUCACGGAUGUGAAGUCACCCGGGAGACAUGGAAAUAUCUGGAAGCGGCUCCAUUCUCUGAACUCAAACUAAGACACAUUGAAGCACCGAUGAUGUUUCUAGUCAAACCACACAUCAUCGGCUAUGCUGUGAAAUAGACUGAGCUUCGUAGUAAGCCUCCGUCGCAACCAGUGGAUGAAUAAGCCGAGCCCCAAAGGCCUCCCCUCUCCUUUGUGAUAUGACAGACCACCAGUGAUAGAGAUAACACCAGUCACUUUGAUGCUGUUUCUGUAUUUGUACAUGAAAAAACUUUGUUUUGUAAAGACCCAUUAUUUUAACACCUUGAAGAAACACCCUACGUAGACAGCACACUGGUAAUUUUAUAUGCAAUUUAUGUGAAAAGUCUAUCGUUUAUCUUCUGUCCACCAGUCCUCAUCUACUGUAAGUGGCAUUUUGAUAAAUUAUUGUGAGACUGCCACAAGGAGAUGCUGUCUUUUAGUGUUUGUCUAUAUUUGUACCUUUUAUGAUGAGACAUUUGUGUUAUUAAAAUACAUAUUUUGUUCUGAUUGCAGUGAUAAAGAUGGGUCAGACUAAUACUGAUUAAAGACUUUAAUCUUG